CUUUCCACGGAAUACCUUCGGAGUAUAAAAGACGAUUUUGUGAUUGUAAACACAUCUAAGUUGUAUGGAAAAUCGUGAAGUGAACUAUCAAUAUUCUCAAGAUGAUGAUGAGACUCGGAGUAUUCCUAAGUGCUCUAGUAUGUAGUGCAUUGAGUGUUGAAUUGCGUAGAGAUGAAACGUAUCCACCUCCGGAACUCUUGAGAGUCAUUAAAAUCGCACACGAUGUCUGCGUUCCCCAAACAGGUGUUCUCGAAGAGCACAUUAAGGAAUUCAGCGAUGGAGAACCAAUUGAGGACGAGGCUCUAAAGUGCUACAUGAAUUGCCUUUUCCACGAAGUGGAAGUGGUCGAUGACACUGGACAUGUUCACUUUGAAAAGCUCAUCAAUCGCAUUCCGGAAUCUAUGAAGGAGAGAGCCAUGCCGGUUAUUACCAAAUGCCAGAAUCCUGUUGGUCCUAAUUUAUGUGAAAAAGCCUAUUGGCUACAUAAAUGCUGGAAAAGGGAAGACCCUUCUCACUAUUUCUUGGCAUAAUGGUUUGGCGAGGGGUCUCUCAACCCGUGUAUCGUCGGAACUUGUAAAAGAAAGUCCACCACAGGAAAUAAAUUUAUGUAGCUCGAGUAAAAAAAAUGCAGUAGAAAAAAUGGCAAUAAUUCUUGAAUUAAGGGCUUUCUUUUUGUGUCCUUACGCGAUGGUCUUAAUGAAUAA